AUGCGAGAAGAAUCAAGUAUUAGAGCAAACGAAAAAUCUAGCAAUUACCCUGAGGAAUACAAUCAAACAAAGGUCAAUGAAAGAGUGAUUAAAGGCCAUCACAAGUGCCGGGAGCUAUGGUUCGACCGGGGCUACGAACGGGCUUACAAUCUGUUCCUGGAUGCGAUACUACUGGUGCUACCGUUGGCCAUACUGGCCGUGACGUAUUCGCUGAUAACGCGAAAUCUGUGCCGUGGAAUGCCGCACGGUUUCAAGCGGUACGAAAAAACGACUGGCUCUUGCCGGGAACAUCCUCGGGAGGCAGACAGCGGGCUGGAUAGGGACAACACCCGCAGUAGGCGCCGCUGGCGUUCGCUAGGCGCUAGAAAUAAUAACAAUAACCGAGCGGCAGCAACUGAUCAGUACAUGGAAGUGUACAUCCGACCCAACGGUAGCACCCGGAUUCGCUGUCCCACGCUCAAGUGCCAUCGAACAUCAUUAGCCACAACUGGUGAUAAGCGGACAGGAAAGGAAAUCAAUACGUCGUCGUUGAAAAAUAGUCCCGGCUCGGGUGGCUGGAGCCCGCAUACAGCAACGGCGGCGGCGAAAACGACAAGAACCACGAUUCAGUGGCCCCUGGAGCCGGACCAACAGCAAAGGAGCUAUUCUCCCCCUUCAGCUAGUCCCGGGAACCGGUCGGGGACGAGCGCCGGAGAAGAUCCAAAUGGACGCGAAUCAGUACGAAUCAAGAAUCCAGCCUUGCGGAAGUCCAACAUGGAGAAGAGCCUGAUGAACAAAAAACGCAUCAUCAAAAUGCUGUUCGUGGUGGUGUUGGAAUUUUUCAUCUGCUGGACGCCCCUGUAUGUCAUUAACACGAUGGCCCUGUUUUGGCCCAGCACUGUUUAUCACAACCUCGGCUACACGGCCAUUAGCUUUUUCCAGCUGCUGGCCUAUUCAUCAUCCUGCUGCAAUCCGAUAACCUACUGCUUCAUGAGUAGCGGCUUUCGAAAGGCCUUCCUGAGUCUGUUCCGCUGCUUCCGGUUACGCAGUGGCGACGGUGCUGGUGCUGGCCUUGGCCGUGGAAUGACCGGCAGGAAUCGGCGGAGCAGCGGUAUGUGUGGUAUGUAUGUUAGUGGACUUGGGACGGCUUUGCUAGUGGGUGGUAGACGGAAUCAUGCCUCCGUGAGGACGAUGAUCACGACGGCAGCGGCAGAAGGAAUCGAUAACACGUUGGACAACACUGUUCUCAGUACAAGGCCGUAACCUGUUGUGGCGAAUGAAAGCUCGAAGCUCGGAUAAACUACAAACCGCAACACAAGUUGCACACAGGUACAAAGAAUCAGGUGCGCCUAAGUGUAAAAGCAUUUAAUUAAUUUAACAGCAACGAGAGUCGUUGGUGCUCGUUGAGCGCAACCUGUAACUGGAAACUAGAAGUUUGCCAUUUCGUUGAAAUGCGUUUCCACGAUUGUUAGUUGUUGAUUUUGAAAUGGAGACCACAUUAAAGCACUGACCAAUCUCUCUCUGUGGUCGUGUUGUUAUUGAUAGAAAAAAUAGGAAAUUAUUUUGGCGCCUGUAUUAUGUUACAAGUUUAAAGGCAAACAGUUCCUUAACAAAACCAAACGAAAACAACCCGAAAUCUCAGCGAAAUAAUUCCACUAGUUGAUAUGAUUAGUUGUUUAUUCUCAUACAUUUGCUCGUUUUAAAACUCUUUCUCAAUUCCAUGUUGUAUUUUAUUG